CUUGAUCAGAGAGAAGGUUUCAGACUGAGUACACACGCAUCAAGAGCGAGUUCCUGAAAGCAGAACUGACACGGAAAACAAGGGCCGCAUCCAAAAACCCGUCUCCGAGCGCCUGAUAUCUGGAUGCGCUGUUCAUGACAAUAACGUGCGGUUCUGAACCACAUAGGAACGACAUAAAGAGUUUAAACACAGAUUAAAGAGCUGGGUUUAGAUGCGUUGGAGAAUUCAAUCCAGUCUAGACUGAGUAGAUUUUAUCUGUUUGUCUGGAGAUCUUGAUGAGCUUGAAAUACCCCAGCACCACUUACCACUUUGUUCUACAAAGACAAAACCACUUACAAGCUCUCAUACUGACUUGGGUCGUUAAAUGCAUUAUUAUUAUUAUUAUUAUUAUUAUUAUUAUUAUUAUUAUUAUUAUUAUUAUUAUUAUUAUUAUUAUUGUUAUUUUUUGAGUGCUACGGUAAUGCAGGUGGCCAGAUUAAAGACAAGACAUUUCAAGACUACAAGAAAACCACUUCUGGUCCUCAAAGUCUUUGGGGUUCGGAUGAAUCAGCUCGGGCACACCUCAUUAGUAACGAUUAAUCAUAGACUCGUGUACGGUUGUGUAGCGUGUUCAUCCAGGGAGUUCACUCAGCUGCCGAGGACACGACAUAGUGAGCGAUUCCUCUUCUUAAAUUCACCACAACGAUGCCGUGCUGCCGGGUCGAAGCCAGUCGUUUUUUAGAUGUUAUUUAAAAAAAAAAAAAAAAGUAUAAAAUAAUCUAGCAGCAAAUCUAAUCCUUUUGGAGCGGAUGUUAUGGAUCGUCCAUCUGUGGAAAGUUAUUCCGUCGGUUUCUUGGUUGAAAUAUAUUUAAAUAUGUAAAGAAUUUGUUGCCAUGGCAGAAUUCAGUCUAUAGAAAGUCAUAAUCAUAAAAUCUUUCGAUCGAAUGUGUCGGUUCAUAUUCUGAGCGAAUCUUCAGAAUAUCAUUCUAAUUCCCGUAACGUGUUUUGAUAUGCAAAUUAUUCAAAUUAUAUCUUCGAUAUAAUAACAUCUAUCACCAAUUUAAGCUACUUUCGCAUGAAAAGAUUUGGCAACCCGGCACACCCAUAAAACUAUAAUUAAUUCACUGAACUUUUUAAAAUUUAUUUAUUUAUUUAUUUAUUUAUUUAUUUAUUUAUUUAUUUAUUUAUUUAUUCCAAAUAAACUAAAACUUUAUUUGUAAUUUAUUAUUUACACCGAAAAGACAUCGUAUUCAGCACGUGUAACGUUUCUUGAAAGACGUAGACCUCUAAAAGUCUAAGCUACAUCUAGGAAUUUAAAGUCAGAAUGUGUCGUUAUACAGUUAACAAUGACUCUGAGCACAGAAAGAAAGCCGCUAAAAGUGGCCUGUUGUGAUAAGGGAGUUUUAGAUAAAGCCAGAUUAAGACUCAGUGCUCAGGGCUUGUUUGAUGUGUGUGUGUUCAUCAAAGACCGCUUACAACCUCCAUUUUACACCGAGCUUUGUGCUGUCCAGCUAAAACAAAGCCCAAAGAGCGCAAGGACGAAAAGCUGCCAAUUCGCGUCUAACGAAGUGUAUUGAGCGUUUGUCCUGCCGUCGGUAGUUAUGAGUGACCUCUGUGUCGGCCACAUCAAAGGACUUUUUGCGUGGAAGGUCAUCCCACAGUAUUCAGCACGCAGACAAUGUGAAACUGUUAAAUCCUUAAUCGAGGAGCGUCUCAUCCAGAGAGAAAUAAACAGGAUAAUAUGCCACCAAUAUAUUUGGGCUGAUUAAUAAAAUAAUCUAUUGAUAAGAUAAACUUUUUAUUAGUCAUAGUAAAAGUCUUAGAGGAGAUCACUGUAAGUAGGUGAAUAAAAAGAACUCAGUAGUGUCAGUAUGAGAAACAUCUUCUAUAUGGACAAAAGGUUUGUGGAAACCUGACAUCACACUCGUAACCUUUUCAAGCACACAAUUGUACAGAAUGUCUUUACAUGCUGCAGCAUUACAAUUUCCCGUCACUGGGUCCAAACAUGUUCCAGCAUGACUGUGCAAAAUCGAGUGGUGAAGGUUGGAGUGAAAGAUCUCGAGUGUCCUGGACAGAGCCCUGACUUCAACACGUCUGGGAUGAGCCUGAACACCGACUGAACCCCAGACCUCGUCACUUUUACAACAUCAGAUCUCAUUAAUGAUCGACAUCUUUUCAGGAAACCUUCUCAGAAGACCGAAGCUUCCUCUAACAGCAAAGGGAGACUAAAAUUGGAACGAAAUGUCCAUUAAGCAAACAUGGAUGAACUGAUCCGGUGUACACCAACUUUAUACUACACAGAGUGACUUAAACCCACUUUCCAUCCAUAAAUAACUUCACUGGUGUUGAUCCAUUUUUGGAAAUGUAGAAUCUACAGUAUGAUCAAUUUACACCUUUAUCAAAUCCACUAUUUUAAAACCAAUUCGCUUUAAACAGAAGACGGAAAGGGGUGUGAUUUAUUUAUUUAUUUAUUUAUUUUUAUCCCCCAUCCAUUUUAAGAUAACACAAACAGUUGAAAUAAACGCCAGCCCUCUUGUCUGUAGAGUUGAGCUUCACUUCACAAGGCCAGGACCACUUACUUACCUUAGUGUUAAUCAGCCACUGUUUGCUCACGAGCGCAGACUGAAUGAUAAUUAAUUCGGUAAACUUUCCCCGCCUUCUCAUUUGCAUUCCGCCUUUGAUCUUUGCUUACUUUUGUUUUAUCGACUGCAUUUCAAAGUCCCUCCAUUACAAUGUGGCUAAUGGAAAGAAAGAAAGAAAGAAAGAAAGAAAGAAAGAAAGAAAGAAAGAAAGAAAGAAAGAAAGAAAGAAAGAAAGACAGACAGAUCUCCUACGAGGUCUUAAUGUCUUCAUACCAUGUCAUACACAAUGCACGAUAAUAACCUGUGCAUGCAUUAUAACCUGCACGGUCUGUAUUAUAUGAUGAGAGUAAUUAAGCCCUUAUUUAUUGACCUGGGCGAUUUAAUUGCACACUUCAUUAAGAGGUGCGUUAUAUCCACUACAUGAGGCUGAAGCAGGCUAUAAACGCACUUCUAGUACUUCUUUUUUUCUUUUCUUUUCUUUUCUUUUUGAGACAUUCAGGGGAGCAGAACGCGUCGGACCUCCACAAUAAUCCCGACUGAUUAGAAUUCUGCCCAAUACACAUCGCGUUAAUUCCCAGUUAAAGCUCGGCUCACGGAGCACCGCGCUGCGUUUGAUGUGCGCUCGCGCACAAUGCGCGCCCUGCCCUGCCAAACACACCAAAGCAGCGGCGCUUUUGAAAUUUCACCCCCCCCCCCCCCCAUCAUCGUCCUCCUCCCUUUGCGACUUACGAGGGGCGGGGAACACAAACACUGAGCCUAGGGUAUAAAUGAAGCGUCACGAGCUGCAAACCGGCAGAAAAUCGCAGCCUUCGGCCUGUUGCUUUAAAGGAAUAUCAGCUGUUAUGUCUCUCGUGACGUUUUCCGCCUGGUGCCUCAUUGUGCUCACGUGUGCAGCCGCGAGCGCCGUGUUACACAACUCCAACGCGAUCAAGUUCGGUCCAGCUGCGGCCACCCCGAGCCCAGAUGUGCUGCCGGUGGAUGGCGGGGAGCAGAACUUAGCCAUCGAUACAGCGCAGCCGCUCGUGUGCGCCACCGACUCCGAGUGCGGGCGCGAGGAAUUCUGCUUACUGUCCCGUGGCGCGUGCCUUCAGUGCAGAAAACGCCGAAAGCGCUGCAUCCGGAACGCCAUGUGCUGCCCAGGCAACCACUGCAGCAACGGAGUGUGUCAAGCCAACGACCCAGACCUGCUUCUCCAAGCAGGGGUAGAAAAGCUUGUUCCCGUUAGCGCUCAGCAUCAGGUGAACGCUACGGUGCUCCAGCAAUCCAAAGCAUCUGCAGUGACUCAAGGUGCACCUCAAAACCUUAAAGGUAUGGAAGGAGCUUCCUGCCUGAGAUCUUCAGACUGCGUGGAGGGUCUGUGCUGUGCUCGUCACUUCUGGUCCAGGAUCUGCAAGCCGGUGCUGAAGGAGGGCCAGGUGUGCACCAAGCACAAGAGGAAAGGCACUCAUGCUCUGGAGAUCUUCCAGCGCUGUGACUGUGGGGAAGGUCUGAGCUGCAGGAUGCAGAAAGCAGAUCAUAGCAAGGCAUCACGAAGCCUCCACUCAUGCCAAAGACAUUGAGACGCUUAUGAGACACUAAAUAACUUCAAGGAUUAUUUACUGAAUGUUUCUGGGAAGCGGGACCAGUCUGAAAGAACAUGUAAAAACAUCAUCGGUGGAAAUGGAUACGGAAUGGGAUACUCUGUUAUUAUUAUUAUUUUUUUAUAUUGUUCUUAUUUCUCUCCAUCUCCAGUUGUGUGUGUGUGUGGUGUGUGUGUGUGUGUGUGUGUGUGUGUGUGUGUGUGUGUGUGUGUGUGUGUGUGUGUGUGUGUGUGUGUGUGUUAACAUCGCAGAGGAGAUACAAAUGUUUCUCUAUGGAACUUGGCAUUUGAUGGUUGCAGUACAUUACUGUAUUGUAAAUACUAUUAGGAAGUUGGCACUUAACUCUGAUUUUUGUCAACACAUAGAGGAUGCAUCACCCCCUUUUGUAUAUACAGAUUUUCACAAUCAUACAGAGUCUGAUAUAUGUUUAUUUUUUAUUCUAAAUAAAGAGUGUAAUGAUAAUUAUGAUUCGGACCAUGUCUAAGUACGUACGUAUGCAGAGAUGUGAUGAUAUCUGUAAUAGAUCAAGCUGCAGAUAUUUGUUGCAGUUAUCAAUAAAAUGAUAAAUGACGA